AUGACACAUUUGAAUACGUCACUGCGUCUGAUACCACUUGGGGUGAACUGCUUGGAUUUCAGAACUCCCACUAUCGCUGGUGGCCUUUUUGCAAUUGAUAAACAAUUCUUCUAUGACAUAGGAUCCUAUGAUGAGGGCAUGCAAGUUUGGGGAGGAGAGAAUCUUGAGAUAUCGUUUAGAGUUUGGAUGUGUGGUGGGUCACUAGAAAUUCAUCCAUGUUCUCGUGUUGGCCAUGUCUUCCGCAAACAAACGCCGUAUACAUUUCCUGGAGGAACAGCGAAGGUGUGUUUCUAAUC